GCCAUAUUACCUGUGUGCCUUGAGGAUCCAGGCCUGUCACAAUCAUACUGUGGGAAGUUGGGAGGGGGGAUUGCAUGAGUGAAGUAGAGAUAGCCAUAACAAACUUCUCUAAGAGACGUUCAAGGCCAUAGUGUCCGGCAGCUGUGCAAAGAAGAAAUUGGGGGAUGUCUUCUGUUCUGGAAAGAACUGAUUGGAGCUGUGGGAGCUGUGGGCAAGGUCUUGAACUCUCUUGUGGGUGAGGAAAACCUGGAAGCUUUCAGGUUUUCUCAGAUGUUGCCAAUAUGCCAUCUCUAUAAAAGUUAGCCUUCAGGAACUUCAAGCCUCGAAGUUUGAUUUUGUUGGGGGUGUUACUUGGAACCCUGACAUUAACACGAAAUCUCCAUUAAAAUUAGAGCAGCUUCCCUAACCUUGGGGAGCUGUUCAGGGUCCUGAGCCCCAAGCGCCGGCCCAAACCAGGGCAACGCGAAGACACAAGGAAGAUGGAGGAGGAAAAGAAGCCUAUGGAGGGAGCAGCAGGCACAGGCUCAGCAACGGUUCCUGAGACCCUCUACUCUCCUUCCCCUGGGAUGGUGGAAGCGAAAAGGGCUGCAGAGGCUGCCCGCCAACUGGGUGCCCGGCCUAAGGAGCAGCUGCUGAAGCGAAGCUUGAAGCAGGACCUGGUAGCGCAAGGCGAAGCCAGCAGUGCAACCCCGCUUCGAGGAGCGAUGUGGGAACCACAGUGGGAGUUAUUGCAGCCGCCGCGCCACCGACACUCCAAAGAAUGGGGACUCCUGCCGCAGUCACGCACCCAAUCCCUAGCUGGUCUUCCGGAGCAGUUGAGCCGACUGAGAGUAAGUGGGAUGCCCCAGCAUGCCUCCACCAAGCAGCCAGAGUGGACCUUGGCACAACCAACGUCCACCUUUCCGAGCCAGGGGCCGGCAGCCCAAUGGGCCGAAACGGCAAUGACUUUUCACUCGGUCCCAAGCUGCUCAACUCCUGGCCUGUCCCUUCAAGUAAGCCCAGCCGUGGAUUCCCACCACUUGGGACUGCAACCCCUCCCAGCCAGCCAGGCCGGCCAUGGAGUUCCCAUCCAGCCGCAAGGGGCUUGGAACCUGCAGCUGCCGCCCGAGAUGGGGUUCUCACCUGCAAGCCAAAUCCCUCCCGGGUGGGCUUACUACCCAGGCCACGGGUGGAUACAGUGCCAAUGGAUGCCUGCCUCGAUGCCACCGCAGAUGCAGUUUCUGCAGCAAGAAGUCCAUCCACAACCCCAAGCCGCGAUCCCGCAGCAGGUGCUGGUGAACCCGCAGCAAGUCCAGGAUCAGCAGCCAGCGCUUGCCACAGCGCCUCCCACCUUCUGCGCGACCUUCGAUGGGACCCCAGGGAAACUGGCAUACUUCCUGAAUCAAGUCUGGGCCUACAGUGAUCAGUUUGGGAACCAAUACCCCUCUGAUUGUGAAUUGAUUUCAGCCAUUGCUGAAGGCAUGAACGAGGGAGAAGCAGCCGAGUGGAUAGCUGAGCUUCAUAAUGAAAGGGCCCCGGAGCUAGAGGACAUGGAUGACUUCAUCCAGCUGAUGAGGGUGAGGUUCAGCAACGUCACCCAACAAGUGGAAGCAGAGCACCAGAUCACCACACUGAGGCAAGCUGGGAGGCCCGCAAAAGAAUUUGUGUGGGAAUUCCAGAGGCUGGCCGGGAAGCUACGGGACUGGCCGGAGCAACUGAUGGUCCACACCUUCAAGGAAGCCCUGGACCCAGACCUGAGGCAGGCCUGUAGCAUAAGGGGAACACCGACCCAAAUACAAGCAUGGUAUGAGAAUGCGGUUGCCCUGGAUCUGGACUUCCAGCCUCCGAGGAAGCCGACAGCUGAAAAAAUGGCUAAACAGCCCCUCGGGCGACGAGUGGAGCCAAAGAAGACCGCAGAACCACCACCCGCAAGGCCCGGGACCAUCAAGUGCUACCGAUGUGGUCAGCAGGGCCAUCGAGCAUUGGAGUGCUUAGCUCCAGCACCCCUGCCCUGGGCGAAGUCCCCUGCUCGGGCAGGACCUAAGAAAACCCUGUGGAAACCGCUGGACAAGGGACAGAGCGCCAAGCAAGCAGCGGAGAGCUCUACCCAGCCCGCGGGGUUGGAAGGGAGCCUGACUGGGGAUUCCUCCUCCCUCUCCUCAGAGGAAGACAGUGGCGAGGACGACCCAAGGGACACGUGUUUCUUCUGAGGUGGGGGGGCGCCUGUCAUGCCUGGAAGCCAUAUUACCAGUGUGCCUUGAGGAUCCAGGCCUGCCACAAUCAUACUGUGGGAAGUUGGGAGUGGGGAUUGCAUGAGUGAAGUAGAGAUAGCCAUAACAAACUUCUCUAAGAGAUGUUCAAGGCCAUGGUGUCCGGCAGCUGUGCAAAGAAGAAAUUGGAGGAUGUCUUCUGUUCGGGAAAGAACUGAUUGGAGCUGUGUGGACAUGUGGGAGAUGUGGGCAACAUCUUGAACUCUCUUGUGGGUGAGGAAAACCCGGAAGCUUUCAGAUUCGAGUUUUCCCAAAUGUGCCAAUAUGACAUCUCUAAUAAAAAUUAGCUUUGAGGAA